CAACGGGAUCGGCGUUGGAGACGGUUGCUGGGACAACGGAUUCCCAACAGAAGUAUUAAUGCUUUGGGGACUUCUGCCGUCUCCGAAUAAAGUGAUGCGAGAUGUUUAUGUUUGUUUGUUUUCAGACAACGGCUUAAGUCUGUAUCUGACAACACAGUGCUCGCCUCUCGUUUGGUCAGACACCCAGCCAGCCCCAGCGACAGUGAGAAUCCAAACUCCUCAGCACUGCAGAACAGUACAGCUCUAACGCCGAGAUGUUACCUGCUUCAUUAUGGUCGGAGACAAAUCGCGUUGGGGUGAUCAGGGAUUCAAUGUCGAUAAAUCCUCUUAUAAUGAAGACAGAACUUGGCAAGCCAAAACGAAGUGGUAAUUUCAUACCAGGAUCGAAUUAUGUGUACGGGACAUACAAUAGAAUAUUUGAUGGUGGAGUUCCUGCAGCUAUUGGCCAUUGGCGAAGUGUCCAACCUAAAGCACAGGCAAAGAUGCAGAAACUGAAGCGUAACUUUGCUGCACUGAAUAAAGCCGCGAUUAAAGCUGGACUGGUUACCGCACGAGAGAUCUACCAAUUCAGGGCAACGCAUGACAUUGGAACCUCAGCAAAUAAAGCAGAAAAGAAAGAAGGCAUGCUUCCUGAAAUAACACAUGGAAUGCCCCACCGGCCUUCAACCCCUAUGUUUGACCUACUGGAACAUAAGUUUCAGCACCAGUGGAUAGAGGAUCAGAAAAUACUAGACGAAAUGAAGAAGAGAAAAAAGACUCAUCAGGCCCACUUUGUGAAGAAUUAUCAAACCCGUGCAGCAUUCUUGAGCAAAGCUGUACCACGUGUGGAAUCUCCACCAAUAGUGCACCCUCUACGCUAUCAAAAGAUUGGCCCUCACCUGGAUACAUUCCGUAGUGCUGAAGCUCGGCAUGCAGCUUUUAGAGCAAACUGGCUGGAUUCUGCAGCAAGGAGCGGUCCCAAUGGGGAAGGUGUCUAUGCCCUUAAUUAAAUCCAUCCCUAAACCAACUAAUUUCUUCAACUUGCAAAUACAUAGAUUAUAACGUGUGCGCAUUGAUACUUGAAAUAUGUAAUGAUUUUAAUAUGGAGUCAGCAUUAAAUUCAUUCUUCAGUUAUCCAAUACAUUGGGUUUGUUUGU